GAAUUCUCUUCUGUGUGACGAACAGACGCUCGUGAGGAUCGUGUCAGUAAACUAGAGGAGAUCACUGAUCCACCCAGGAUAACUCUGGACAUCUUCAGUUGUCUUUUCUUGUUAUUUAAAAAACGCUUUUGCUUCCAUCGCUGCAUGUGUCAAAACCAAUGAGAGACGCGGAGUUCAGCGAUCAUUCUCACACUGACGCGCACAUGAAGCGCUUUAACGCGGUUCUGGAUUUGAAAAGCGCGUGAAGAGUUCUGGACCCGUGCGUGACUGACCAUUAACACCAGCGCAUGCAUGCUUUCUGGAGCUGACACCCUCAUGCAUUACAAAGAACGAAUGCCGAAGUCUUUGAAAUAAGAGGAACGAGCAAAAAGGAUAGACUGCGUUGAGGAUCGGAGCGAGAGCAAGAGAAGAAGGAAGUCAAGUGUGUACAGUACUUUUGGAAUUGGAAGGAAUACCAGACCGAAAUAAUGGGGAGGAAAAAGAUUCAGAUUGCCCGGAUAAUGGACGAACGUAACAGACAGGUAACGUUUACAAAGAGGAAGUUUGGCCUAAUGAAGAAGGCCUAUGAGCUGAGCGUUCUGUGCGACUGUGAGAUCGCCCUCAUCAUCUUCAACACCACUAAUAAACUGUUCCAGUACGCCAGCACCGACAUGGACAAAGUUCUGCUCAAAUACACUGAGUACAAUGAGCCCCAUGAGAGUCGGACUAAUUCAGACAUAGUGGAGACUCUGAGGAAGAAGGGUCUAAAUGGCUGUGACAGUCCUGAUAUUGAUGCUGAAGAUUCAGGCCACAGUCCAGAGUCUGAGGACAAAUAUCGUAAAAUCAACGAGGACAUUGACCUGAUGAUCAGCAGGCAGAGACUGUGUGCCAUCCCCCAGUCUAAUUAUGACAUGCCCAUCUCAAUCCCUGUGAGCAACCCCAACAGCCUGAUCUACAGCCACCCGGGAGCAUCCCUGGGCAACCCCAACAUGCUGCCGCUGGCCCACCCCUCCCUCCAGAGGAACAGCAUGUCCCCUGGAGUGACCCACCGGCCCCCGAGUGCAGGAAACACAGGUGGCCUUAUGGGUCCAGACCUCAGCAGCGGAGUGGGCACCAGUGCUGGAAACGGUUAUGGAAACCACCGCAACUCUCCUGGUCUGCUGGUCUCUCCGGGGAGCAUGAGCAAGAACAUGCAGGCCAAAUCGCCUCCACCCAUGACCAUGAACAUGAGCAGCCGCAAGCCUGACCUGCGCGUCCUGAUCCCUCCCGGCUCAAAGCACACCAUGCCCUCCAUCUCGGAGGAUAUUGACAUGUUGCUGAAUCAGAGAAUAAACAACUCCCAGUCGGCCCAGUCUCUGAGCACACCGGUGGUGUCUGUAGCCACGCCCACUCUGCCAGGGCAGGGAAUGGGCGGCUACCCAUCAGCCAUCUCUACCUCAUAUGGUACAGAAUAUUCUCUCAGCAGUGGAGACUUGUCCUCUCUGUCUGGUUUUAACAGCUCGACUUCUUUUCAUCUGGGUUCGAUGACUGGCUGGCAGCAAAACAUGCAGCAUUCUGGUCUUGGACAUCUAGGGAACUGCACCAGCACACAAUUAUGUCAGAGCUCCACCCUCUCGCUACCGUCCAAUCAGAGCAUGCACAUCAAGUCUGAACCCGUCUCUCCUCCCCGAGACCGGGCCGGAGGCACCCCGGGCGGCUAUGCUCAGCCUCAACCCCCUCCACCGCCUCAACCGGCAUCUCAGCCGGGUCAGCUGCGGCAGGACGCGGGCCGCUCUCCGGUCGACAGCCUGAGCAGCUGCGGCAGCUCGUACGAGGGCAGCGACCGUGAGGAGCACCGCACCGACUUCCACUCGCCCAUGGGACUGCUGAGACCCUCUCAGGACGAGCGGCAUAGCCCGUCCGUCAAGCGCAUGCGUCUGUCCGAGGGCUGGGCCUCGUGAUUGCGGACGGCUUUUCUAUGCAAAGAUUUCACUUUAGUAUUAUUAUAUUUGUUUCUUCAGAGUGUGAGUGCUACAACAAGUAUUACAAUUUAUAUAUAUAUAUAUAUAUAUAUAUAUAUAUAUAUAUAUAUAUAUGAAAAAGGGGUGGGUGGGUGUGUUUGUGAUUUGGGGUUGGGGGCAUGGGACGUGCAUCGCUUGUGCCACGUGUGGGAAAAACAAAAAAACAAAAAAAAUAGGAUACAUGCAAUUUAUGCAGUGUAUACAUGCAUACAGGAUUAAAAAGAGAAGUCUGGUACUCUUGUUUGUUAAAGCUACUUUCUAGUUUCAGUAAUAUAUUAUGCUAUUAAACUAUUAAUAGAGGCAUUGACGUGUCUCAGGGCUCGUACAAGUAAUAUUUCCGUGCAGACCGGGGCCUUUAUGCUCACCGUCAAUGCUCACUUGCAAAUGUAUGUUAUCACAGACGUUGUUGUGUUGCAGGUUCAACGUAUUUAUGUAAAUAGAUAACAAUUAGGCUUUUGGGUAAAUGAGCCUGCCAGGAUUUGCAGGCUUAUUUACGAUUAACGGAGUGAGGGAGAAAGCCAUCACGCACCAUUUUAAGACUAACACGGGCCCGGGGCUGAGGAAUGUAUGCCCUUUAGAGUUCUAAAUGGAAUCGGGAAGUGUUCUAAAUACACAAAUUCUCUUGUAAAUGUUGUUGAUAUUUCAGAGCUGUGUUAACAACGUUAAAGUUCUCCUGCCCAUGUAUUGCCUAUCCCCGGUGGAAGAGAUGUACAAUACAUUUUGCUUAUAUUUUCAUAAAAAUGCAGAGCAUUUGUUGCUACCUGUUGACCACGAGUCAGAAUGUGAUUUCAAGCUUUGCCGAUGUUGAACAGAAAGGUAAAGCAGUGUGAGCUCCAAAAAUAAAGCCAUAUAUACAAUUUCA